AGGAACUUGAAUUAGGCUCAUUAUCUUUCUUCUGGGCUAAUUGAAAUAUCAAUGCAACCAGUAUGAUCCUUCGUCCACGAUACACACAGCGCGCGACUCAAGUUCUGCUUGUUGGCCCAGCCAAUAGUGGAAAACGUACAUUGGCAGAUCAACUCAUUUCGAGUCGAGAAACAUUUAUUUCCUUAGGCACUGACGAAGAAUUAUCUGCGACAGCUCUUGAUGAACUUGGCCAAGUAGAUUUUGUUCUCUUCUUGGUCGACAUGACCAACAAGAACAGUCUGUUGACUUUAUAUCGUUCAUUUGAGCAUGUUGCACCUGAGUAUCUAACCAAUCGUUGUGCGGUCUUGAUGACCAAAGUUGACGCAGUGGAAGCAUGGACACUUGAUGAAGAAAAAGUACAACGUAUUAUCAAUCAAUAUACCCCUGACAUCUACACAUUUCGAUGUAACCUCUCGGAUCGCCGAGAACGACAGAAACUGGGUGACCAAUUGGCACGACUUGUUCGGAUCAGUACAUUGCAACAAAAGAAUAUCACAAUGCCCUUGAUCAAAGCGACCACCUACUACAACCAUUUGCCAUACUCCUCCCGUGGUACAGACGAGACCGAAUAUACCGAAGAGACAGAUGACGACAACAGUGGGAUGGUAUCACAAGCAGGACAAGAUGACGCUAGUGGGAUGGUAUCCGAAGCAGAACAAGAUGACACUAGUAGGAUGCCAUCAGAUGCAGAACAGGACGGCGAUGCAAAACAAGAUGACAGGAGUAGAAUGUUAUCAGAGACAGAACAAGAAGACAAUCAAAUACAACAAGAACAAGCAAUUCAGGAUUAAGAACCAAAAAAAAAAAAAGUCAUGUGGA